UGGCUCCUGCUUGUUGUCUCUCCCUCAAAAAAAAAAUAAAAAUUAAAAUUAAAAGCUGUAAUGAUACAUACAUAGCCUUCAACUGAAAGUCCCCCUUGCCUCUGCUUGCCUCCCUACCAGAGAGGAUGCUCUGAACAUGUUAGAUGGGUAUCCCCAUCUCCUUUGCCACUACUCUGCCGUGUAGAUACGCACACAUACACGGAUGUUGUCAUUUGGCCACAGUGAUUUUACAAAAAUGGGUUUCUAUGCAAUAGAUUGUUGUGUGAGGUUUUUUUCCACUUAUUAUUUCUUGGAAACAGUUCUUUGUGAGUGUUCCAAUAAAAUGUUGACGCUCUAUCAAAGUAAAUCAUGAAUGAGCAGAGGGUGUUGUGGACAUUAUUGAAAGUCGCUAUGCCCACCGCCAACACAGUGCUUUGCCAGGGGUUUCGACAGAACUUGGUGUAUAUUUUGCCUAAUUGCUACUAGCACCCGCAGGUUAAUUUGGUGCCGGAGUCUUGCAAUGGUCUUGGUUUGGGGAGUCCUUUUGAAAACUACCCUAACGCUAUCUGACAAAAGCCCAAGGCUGUUACCUGUCUUUGAUCUCCCAUCUGCCCUCAUAUGGAUGUGGAUGAAAUGUUUCAGGAUCAUGUGAUUACGCAGCAAGACACAGGACACAGGUGAAAACUGAAAGUUUUAAUCCAAAACAAAUCUAUGAUGUCAUUGUUUUUAAGUAGAUAACAUUGUUUUAGUUUCAGGCAGGAAAAAAAGGCCUGUAAUCUCAUAAUGUCUUGGGGAAACAUUCUGCUUUCUACAAAUUGUGCCCCCUAGCUGUGUGAGCUGGAGCUUGGCUCCCAUCCAGCUUUCCGACAUUCUUGUCAUACGUGCACAACUUCAAAACUCUGAGUCUCAAUCGGCAUGUUAUUAACAUCUGAAUGAUAAAUGUAUAAAUGCUGUUGGACCAUAGUACAGCUCUACCUCUUUCUUGGGAAAGGGGGCAGCGUGUUUUCCUAAACUUCCAAGGGCAGAGACUGGAGAUUCACUUUCUGUGCUUAGAGUGUUCCAUUGCUUAGCACAGGUACUCAAUCAAUACUUGAUGAAACGAUGUUUGUUGAGUGACAAUAACAGUAGAGCAGACAAACCCGGCUUUCGCUACUGCAUCUAUCCUGAGUGACUUCUAUGGGUCCCACACUCUUCCUCUUUUUAUUCUUCGUUUUAUUCAUGUAUAGAUGGAGGGGUUUGGCCCCCAUUUAAGGUCCCUUCAUGUGUAAGCAGUCUCAAAGUCUAUACGGCUUUCCAGACCUGGAGCCUGACCUAACAUCAAGAUCUGUGCUGAAUCUUUUAAAAGGUCCUAGCAGAGAACACGUACUGUUCCAGCACACUAACAUCUCCUUAUGAUCUGUGUGACUUAGUAAAUAGAUCAAUUCCCCAGAAAAGAUUGGGAGACUGGAGAAACUUGACUUGCAAAGAUACGGGUGUGGCAAAGAGAUAAAGAACGGAAUGCUGGGAGAAAGUUGCCUUUCUCCGUAAAAUGCUUUGAGGGAGGGUCAGUGACAGACCACCAGAGAAGCUGGAGAACUGCCCCGAGCUUGCCUGUCCGUAAGUCCUCUGGAAACCAAAAGCUUUGCUGCUUGACCUUUUUCAGUCUGAUGUGGGAUAUUAGGACAGUGAUGAUUGAGCCAAGAUGAACUAGGGGAAAUUCACAUAAAAUUAAAUAAAUGUUUGCAUUUCUUGGGAGGUAGGUGCUCAUUCAAAUGGAAUGAUGGAUUUAUACAGUCUGAGUUGUUUAUGCUUUUCCUGGGCAACAUCGGUGAGAGACAUAGUGUAACGUUGGAGGAAGCCAUAUUUAUUCAGGCUUACUUGAAGGCUGUGUGAACUUAGAGUCAACACGCACCUUUGCUGAGCCUUCCCUCGUCUGUGAAAUGGGUAUUAUAUAAUAUGGAAAUGGGAAUGUCUCUAGAGCAUAGCUACAUUGUCAGUUUGGCUUAUUGACUUUUGUGAUUUGUAAAGUAAAGACAUUUGUAAAUUGUAGAAGAUAACUAGUUGUAUAAAGUGUCAUGAUCGGUCGAGGGGGAGCCUCAUAUUGGCUUCUGACUUUUGUAGGUUUCAUCGUAGUCUCUUCUCUGUCAAACUAUUGGGCUUACAAAAUUUAGCAGAUACAAAUGGUUUAGUUUGGUUGGAGUUUUGUGAGGCUUGGGGUGGAAGGGUGUGGUCAGCUUGGGAAGGUAGGCAGUUUUCAGAAUUUGGACUUUGGCAUUGGGAAGCCAUUGAAUGCUUUUAAGGUGGGGGAGAGAUUAUUGAGAGACAGUGGGAGAGAGACUGGAGAAGAUUAAAAAAAAAAAAAAAAGUACUCCACUGUGGAGUCUCCACCCCUCCCCCGUGGCCUGUGCCUGCAGGUAGCUGGAGAACACCGCCAGCCUCCUGGGCUGGUCUCAAUUUCAUGCCCCUACCUCCGGGGAAACUUUCCUGCUGCUGGAUGGUCCUACGUUAGUCCCUCGUCCAUUUGUUCUUACGGAUGUGCCACCCUGGUCGUGUGGAAGUGAAAUCCCCUGCUUGGGCACUGGAUCUCAUCCCUCCAUUACUCCACACAUUUUUCUUCUCCCAAGACCAUUUUUCUUCCUCCUCUGGAUCAUCUCCAUAUCAUACAAACCCUGCUGCUAUUUUUGUCAUUUUCAACAUCAUUCUCUUGACCAUGCUCCCCAACUCCCUCUUCCAUUUCUUUUCCCUGUAAAACUCCCUGAAAGAGUUCUCUGCCUCCAGCUCACUCUUGAUUUUCCCUUUCCUUGCGAACGUCUUUCUCUGAGGUAUAACAUACAUCAGGAAAGUAAACGGUCACUCAGCCGCUCUUCCCCACAGCCGCUUUUGUCAAGGUCACCAGUGAUUCCCAGGUGGCCAAAUCUCACCCCUUGACUUUGCAACAUUUGCUGCGUGAUCAUUGCCUCUUCGUUGGGUGCAUUUGUUUCACUUGACUUCCAGGAUCCCAUUUACCUUUUGCUUUUCCUCCUACCUCCUAGCCCUGCUUCUCUGUCAGUGCUGGUGCCUCUUCCACUCCAGCUUUCUGGGGAAGGCCCCCGGACCUAGUCCUUAGCCGCAAGCAUUCCCUUGAGUCUCUCGCCCAGGUUCAUGGCUUUAAAGUACCAUUUCUGUACCAAUGAUUCCCAAAUAUGUAUCUUUGUCCUAGACCUGCCUCCUGAACUCCAACAGCCUCCCCCUGAAACUCAGCACUUUCAAAAUCCAGACUGUUCCUUCCCAAACCCACAUCGCAUGCAGCUUCCCCUGUGUCCGUUGGUGGCCCUUCCAGUUUGUCCAGUUGUUCAGGCCAAAAUCCCUUGGAGUCAUGUUUAAGUUUCUACACCUCAUAUCCUGUAGGAAAUCCUGUUUGCUCUGCUUUGUAAACAUCCAGAGCCUGAACUAUCUACUCUCAUCCCUUCCUCUCUCCUGACAUGCUACGAAAGUCUCCUGACAGGUCUUCAUCCUUCUCAACUUAGCAGCUGCAGAGUCCUUCUCGAAGGUAAGCCGGAUGCCGUCCCUUUGGUGCCCCUGCGGUGGCGCUCCUUCUCAGGGAAAGUAAGCAGCUGGAAGUUCGUGUUUGGUGCCUGAGCAUUGUCACCCAUUGAGCCUUACCCCUCAACUCGGGGUGUAGCCUUCAAGGGGUCACAAAGUUGGCACUAAAGACUAGUGAUUCAUGGAGGUUGUUUAGUUCAAAUUAAAAACAAAACAGAACAACACUAUGCUGUUGGGGAGCCUUUAGAACACAAUAGAGGUUGUCAUGGGAGAUGGACUUGCCAGAAAAUUCAGUCCUACAAAAUUGUAUAGUCCGUGGACAUCUCUGUGCCUUGGUUCUGUUCCCUAUCAUGGCUCUUGCUCAUUAUUUCUUCCACUUAAACACCCUCUGCCUUUCCCCCGUUUUCUGACAAUGAACUCCACAUGUCACUUUUUUAAGGGAUUUUUCUGCCACUCCCUCCUGUCCCCCCUCCUCCUACCCCAGUCAAUGAAUGAUCUCCCCCCUCAUGCCUUUAUGCUUCCAUUAGUUUAUUUAAUCAACACUAAUUUGAUCCCUUACAAUGUUUCAGGAAUACAGCAGGAAUACUGUCUUAGAGGAGAUUAUGGUCCAGAAUUGAGUACUUUCCAAGACCGUAGCCAUGCAUGGCUAUUUAAAUUAAUUAAAAUUAAAUUAAGUUAAAAAUUUUUUUACCUUCUCAGUUGUACUAUUACAUUUCCAAUGCUCAGUAGUCAGAUGUGCCUAGCAGCUACUAUGUUGUACAACAUCCCUGUGCUGGGAUAACCCCAUCUUCAUGGAAAGUUCUAGCAGUACAAGAGAAAGGGGGGAUGGACAACAGACGCGCACACACACACACACACACACACAGAGUCAAGGAAAACAAGGGAAUAAAUUCUGCAUAGAGAAUUGAAAUAGUGUAGUGGAGUGACUCGUUGGCUACUUUAGACAGAGGGACCAGAGGGAUGUCUGAGAAGGUGACAUUUAAGCAGGGGUUGAGAAAAAAAGGAGAAAUCUGAAACAGAUGGGGUGAAGGAAUGUAAAUCAAGGCAGAGGGCACCACAAGGGGUGAAAGCCUAAUGUGGGGACACAUUUGAAAGAACCCCAAAUGGCUGGAGCCUGUGGGAGGAGUGAGAGACACAGAAGAAAUCUGAGAGGUGGGCAGGGGCCAGAUCACCGCGCAGGACUUUGUAAAUCUGGGUUGGAAAUGAGUGCUUUUGUUUUGUUUUUUCUGAGACAGCCAUGGGAGUGUUGUAAGGGGAAGAGUGACACAGUCUGAUUAUAUAUUUACCAUUUACAUCAUUCUGCCCAGUUUUACUAGUUGCUUACUUACCUGUCUCUCCACCUGAUUGCACCAUCCUGGGUGUUUUCAUUCUUAGAUUAUUGAGUCAUGUUCCGUUAGCCUCUGUAAGUGGAUAAAAACUGUGGUAGGAUUGAAUUAAAUCAGAAAAAUCCUUACCACUGACCUGCUGGGCUUUGGCUGAGUCUCAGAGUAUAACAAAAACUAGUCAUGACAUAUUUUGCCUCCCAAAUAAAUAUAAGGUAUGACCUACUUCUUUGUGAGGCAUUUCAGAAUUUGUCCCUCACUUUUGGCAGUAGUCAAGGUGGGGCUCAAUAUUUUUCCCUCUAAGUAUAUAAAGGCGGAGAAUAAGAGCAAAGUGGGUGUCUAGAAAUGAGCGUUUCCCUUCAGAGAACUCCUCUUGUUGCCUAAUUGAAUUCCAGUGCAUGGCAUGGAAAAGCUAGGAGGGCUAUUACAGAUCAUAUGGUACAACUGUUUUAUGGAAAAGGUGAAUUUCAGGAAAUAGGCCAGGGGACAGCGCAUGUGAAGUCCCAGUGACAGGAAGGAGCUUGUGUUCAUGGAGGUAGAGCAGAGUCUAAAGCAAGGGGCUCCUCUAGCCAAGGCCUUCUUCAGACAGGGCUGGAGCAGUGCAGCGGCAGGCUUGAGAGGGCACGCCCUAAGGGCGCUGGCUGGUACAGGCCAUGGAUGGCCAUCUCACUGGAUCCCAUAACAAAGCUGAAAAGCUGAAUUCUCCCACGGGCUCUCUCGAUUUCUAAAUCCUUAGCCAUUAAUUAAGAAAUGAAUUUUUAAACAGCAUGGUACAAAGUACCUCUGUGGGCCAAAUAUAGUCUUCGGGUCACUAGUUUGGAGCAUCAGGCUUUGGAGGUCUUUCUCCAAGUGUGGAGACUGCUGGAGUCUGGGGUUCGCAUUCCCGGGCAGCCCAGGACCCAGUGCCGCAGUAUAUCCAGCCCGUCCUCCACGCUCCAUGAAGCCUGUGAUGGACUGCGCCUAGAGAUGGAGAGUCAGUGCUUCCUUGGGAGGAAGUCACUGAAUCUUCAGACCAGAAGGGCAGUUAAUGAAGUGCCAGGCAGGCUUACACAUACUUGUAUGGCUUAAUAAUUAAGAGCAAAAGUCAGAAGACCUGGGCUGGAUCCUCAGCUCACUUAACCUCCCCAAGCCUCAGUUUCCUCCUCCACGAAUGUGAUUAGUAGCAACACCUGCCCGAGGGGAUCUGCGAGGAUUAAAUUGCACAGAGCCUGCUAUGCAGUUCUCCAAAAACCUUGCUUAGCAUUAAUGCGUAUUUAGGUUUCAUUUUCAAAGUUCUCCUACAUCCCUUUUGCUCAUUAUGACAAUCCUUUGAGGGAGACAGAGCAAGUAUGUUUCAUGCUAUUUUUACAAAUGAGGAAAUCAAGUCUUGGAGGCGCUCAGUAACCCCAGGGAUCCCCAGCUUCGCAGGUGGCAGAGCUGGGAUCUGAACCCGAUUAUGGCCCGAAUCUGCUUCCUGAAGCAUUCUGCUGUCGGCACUCAGUAAGAUGUGUUCUGAGUCAUGGCUUCCUGUAACACAAAUUGUUGGGCACGGUGAUUCACAUUCUUGCUUAAUUCUUGCUACUGGCAAACCCGACAGUAUGACGAAGACUGGGAACUGAUCUUUGGAGCCAUAGAGCCCAGAGUAUCCUGCACUCACCAACGGGCUAGUUGAUGCUCAUCUCAGAGGCCAAGGGCCGUUACCAUCAUGCAACCUUGGGUAGCCAUCUCCAGCCUCAUACUACUUCUGACAGAUGCUGUAGUUUCUUACACUCAAGUGAUUGGAGUGGUGGGUCGUUCCAUCACACUACCCUGCACCUAUUCGACAGCUAAUGGAGUCACAACCAUGUGCUGGGGCCGAGGGGCAUGUCCCUUCUCCCACUGCUCAGAUGAAGUGGUCUGGACUAACGGAUCACAUGUCACCGUUCAGAAGCACCCGCGUUAUAAACUAAAGGGAAACCUUUCAAGAGGGAACGUGUCUUUGACCAUAGAGAAUGUGGCCCAGACUGACAGGGGUCUGUACUGUUGCCGUGUUGAGCACAAGGGGUGGUUCAAUGAUAUGAAACUCACCCUAUCACUGGAGAUAAAGCCAGCUGAGGUCACCCAUGUUCCAACGUCACCUAGGGUCUUUACGUCUACUUCUUCAACGCCAGCACCCACGCAGAACGUCAAGCCAGCUACAACUUCUGCAAUGCAGACUGCAGGAACCCAGCCUACCGUGCCGCAGAAAACAAGCACGAGGCAGCCCACCAAUUCACCCUUGUACUCUUGCUCGACAGAUGGGAAUGGCACUGUGACACAGUCUUCAGAUGGCCUUUGGCAUAGCAAUCAAACUCACGUGUCGCUGGCACAGAACCCGUGGAUGACCACCCGUAAGGGACUCUACAUCGGCCUCUUCAUCACUGCUGCGGUAUUGCUCACCGUGUUGGCUGUCGUGAUUACCAAAAAAUAUUUAUGCAUAAGAGACAAGAUGGAACAACUAAACAUGGUUUUGUUGAACGACCCUCGGACUGGAGCUUUGCAAAGUGCCGCUGAAGUGGGUGCCCGAGCAGAAGACAAUAUCUACACUAUCGAGGACAAUCUUUAAGUCAUGGAUUAAGACCCAGUGGCCCUCUAAGGAUUUAUGCCCUUGACUGCAGAAGACAGUGACAAGAUAUCACCAUGUCAGAGUUCUUUUAAGCUCUAGAAUGAUUUUUCUGUCAAUUUCAAACGAUAUUCCAACAUGCCAGUUAUGUUGGGUAGAGUGACUUUGGUUCCUCUGUGUACAGUCAACCUCAUUGGUCAUAGGGUCCUAAUUUUUUAUGCUAAAACUCAUUUAAUCUUUCUCCCAAACAUUAACACUUUACAUAUUCUCUUUGGAGCAUAUGAACCUUAUAUCCAUCAAGAAUUCUCACUGGUGAGACAGGAGAAGAACGGCCACCUUGGUUACCAAAGCUGUCAAGAAGAGCAGACUAGGAGUUAAAAUCUGCAAAUCUGAUUUGGGACUUAAAGGACUUCGCUUGGAAGCAUUUCAUGAUAAUCUCUUGUUUUUUUACCUUGUAACUCCAAAUGUUACAUUUUGUAGGUUCCCCAAGGCUUUCAAAUCACGGGGAUACACAGGUUUUUAUUUCCCCCAUGGGGAAAUAGAAGUGAGUCUGAUUUCACCAUUAUAGGUCAAUCUGAUUUCGCAUGGCUCUGGAAAUACACGGUAUUAAGGCUUUCCCUGGACCCAGGGUGGGUAUUUUAGCAGUUAGAAGAAACUAGGGUAGUAAGUGGACCAAGCAGAUACCAGGGAAAGAAAAUCAGUUGCCAUAUGACUUAUUGCAUGCUAUUUCUUUUUUUUUUUUUUUUAAAGAUUUUAUUUAUUUAUUUGACAGAGAUAGACAGCCAGCGAGAGAGGGAACACAAGCAGAGGAAGUGGGAGAGAAAGAAGCAGGCUCAUAACGGAGGAGCCUGAUGUGGGGCUCGAUCCCACAACGCCGGGAUAACGCCCUGAGCCGAAGGCAGACGCUUAACCGCUGUGCCACCCAGGCGCCCCUAUUGCAUGCUAUUUCUGCUACAUCUGUUCUGGUUCCAAGCACUCGUAUAGACAAUUGCCACACUCUUUGAACUAAUUUUUAGAAUGAGGCAGGGCAGAAAUAAAUAGAAGGAAAAGAAAGGGGAGAAGCCUGAAAGGCUUCCUGCUUUAGAAAGUUACUUUGCAAAUAUAAUAGUGUUGUUUGAGAGUGUUACUAGUUUCAAUCAAAAUUCUAAAUUGUCCUCAGACCACUGCAAUUUUUAAAAUUGUUUUGGAAGGAUGAAGGGUUUUGUUGUUGUUGUUGUUUUGUUUUGUUUUUUAAUAGCAAAACAAUUCCAAUGCUAUUCCUUUUUUUACAAUGCAAUCAAAUUUUUGGUUUUUCCAGAGUUAAGAAAAGGCGAAUGGUGAGGAUACUUUUAGUCACCAGAAACAUUGCUACAUGAAAGGUUAAGGAGGCUGGGUAUUAAUUUCAACCUGAGUAGACCCUGAAAUAACUCCUGCUUAGGGUUCAGAGUUACACCAUAGUGGGCUAGGAGGGCAGGAUGCUUGUUUAUUUCUGAAGACAGCGUCUUCGACAUUGUGUUCUGUGGCGUUCUAGGAAAUGAACAGGACCUCUGCAUAAAGGUUAUAUGGGCAAAUAAGAUUGUUAAAUAUGUAUGCUGGGUUUUCCAAAUGGGGCCAAGACCUGAUCUGGCCCAGGAAAUUUUUGUUUAAACUGUAGUGUUUUUCUUUAAAUUCAAGACAACAUGCAUAAACAUGGAGAUUUCAGAGUAAAGCCUGGAUUUGGAGCUUCUCUGGAAAGACCUGGCAACAUUGGACAGCAUUCCUACAUAGUCAGGGCCCCCUUAAAUGGUGCUACAUCCCCUGCCUCCUGCCCCUAGUCCCCACCUUUCCAGCACACACACAUUUGUUCCCUGCUUUGUGACUGGGACUUUGAAUUUAUGACAGCUCUAUUUUUCAUACCCUUCCUGGAGAUUUAUGAUGGCACAUUGAAAGUUCUGGGAGUCUCGUUAACUUUGUUAAUCCAGCAUUUCCAAAACUUGCUUGAAACCCAUGAACACAGAGACUACUGGCCUAGCCAGUAGCGUUCUGUGAAACAAUAUGUAAAGACGCGGGAAAGGAGGUGGUACGCAGAAUUAGGACUAGGACCUGAGUUCUAGUCUUAACUCUUAACAGAAACACUGGAUGACAUUAAGAUGAAUCUUUCUUGUUGCCUACAUUUUCUAAUUGAUCAGGCAUAAUUAUUUCCAUAAUUAUAUCGGUGUGCAGCAGUAAUUCCACAUGUUACUUCAAGUCUUUGGAAAGUGGAAAACACUACAGAAAUGCAAAGUGCUUUUUGGUUUUGGUUUUAGUUUUUUGUUUUUUUGGUUGAGUUUGCAGUAAUAGCAGAUUUAGCCUUAGUGCUUAGUAAAUAAUUUCAGUGGUGUUGCAUUCAUAUGUCUUUUGCCAUACGGUACUUUCUGGGGGGCAGGAGUAAUGUAUCUUUUUUGGAAAAGCUGAUACUGGGUAAUUUGGCUAAUUUUAUACUGUAGAAAAAUGUGUACCAUAGCGGAUCAACAGGUGAGAAGGGAGGUAGGGAAGGCAUUAGUUAAUACUUAAUUCCUUCUGUGACUAUAUCCAUGUUGUAGAACGUAUUGAGUUUUGUUUUCAAUCCUUCGAGACAAUUGAGGUUCCAUUUUCUAUAAUUUAUCUUGGGACAUGAGGACACUGGCAUAAGUAAGAUCUUCAAACUUGGGAAAUUUUGCACGUCUUUAAGAAGUAACAGAACCAAUCGUUCACUAAUGGCUGAUCACUAAUCACUAAGAUCAUUUUGUGAGUACGUGAAAAUAUGAGGGACUCUUUGUGACUAGUUUCAUUUGUAGGUACACUCAUUAAUAAAAGAUUUUUGUUUUCAUUUUGAA